GACAGGCGAGUCAACUGAGAGUUUACUUUCAGGAUUUAUUUGAAUGUUCACAUGAGAUUAAAUUAAUAUGCCAGAGACAGAAACAGUUAUUUAGAAUGUAUAUAAACUACAACUCUGGUAGAAUAAAACGAAUUAUACAAUUUGAAAUUCAAAUAUUUAGAACUAAGCAAUUUCCAGGUAUGAUAAAAACUGUAUCCUAAAUGGAUGUGACCAGGCAGUGACAGCGGCGCGCAUUGAGCAGUAGGCGGGGUCUACAGAAAAGGGAAUAUCUAUUUUACGCUGCAUCUGAAGUUUACAGUUUUGUGUAAAUCAGGGUUGAGAUAACCAGGACAAGACACUGUCACCUGUUUUCAGGAUCUUGGCACCGAAUAACUCUCUGCUUCGGUCAAGUAAUAUUCCUGGAACUUUCUAUUGAUAUUUUUUGUCCAGGUUAACAUUGCGCACCUGAAUUGUCUCUCCUAGCGGAGACCUUAUAAAUAUAUUAGUUUUUUUUAUUUCUCAGUUUGUCUUGGCAAUACCAUAGCUGCAAUGAGGAUAAACAAACAAUUGCGUAGGAUUGUGCUUAUAGCAGCUCUUCUCGACUUCUCUUCCAAUGUAAAGGCCAUUCCUCCAGAAUGUGACCCGGACUACAUCUUACUCCAAGAUGAGGAGAGCUGCUUCAAGGAUCUGUUCAAGAUCAACAUCAGCCAGGCUGACUCUCAACAACCAGAGUGCAGAGGUUUGUGGGACCACCUGAACUGCUGGCCUCAUGCUGAUGUGGGAGAGACUGUGUCACAGCCAUGUCCCAGAUUCCUCCGCACCACAGGCAGAGUAUACAGGAACUGCACAGAACACGGCUGGACUGAGCCUUUUCCUCCACAUGAGAUAGCCUGCGAGUAUGCCUUGGAGACCCUCACCUUCCCUUUUGAGGCACCCAGGUCCCAUGGCUACUUCCUCUAUGUGCAAGUCAUGUACUCGGUGGGCUAUGCUAUCUCUACUGCGUCUCUUACCAUCGCCGCUGCCACACUCUGUCUGUUCAGGAGGCUCCACUGCACCCGAAACUACGUCCACAUCCAACUGUUCCUCUCCUUCAUCCUCCGAGCCACCUUCAUCUUCAUCAGAGAUGCUGUGCUCUUCUCCUCUGAUGACCACUUCCACUGUGACUCCUAUCCGGUCAGCUGUAAGAUUGCAACAUCGUUCUCCAACUACUGCAUCAUGGCCAACUACAGCUGGCUGCUGGCCGAGGGACACUACCUGUACAGCCUGGUCAGUGUCUCCCUCUUCUCCCAGAAGAGGCACCUCAGGUGGUACAUCGUCCUGGGCUGGGGUUCCCCAAUGGUCAUUAUAGUAGCCUGGAGUUUGGCAAAAUAUACCCAGGAGAAUGAAGGGUGCUGGGAGAGGAGGGGACACGAGGGGAUCUGGUGGAUUCUCAGAGUUCCUGUUCUCCUCUUCAUCGUUGUUAACUUGCUGUUUUUUCUGAGUAUCAUAAGAAUCCUGGUGGCCAAGUUGAGGACACAGGAAAUGCAUAGAAAUGAGUUGAACCAGUAUAGGAGGCUUGCUAAGUCCACCGUUCUCCUGGUAUCUCUCUUUGGUUUGCACUACGUCCUCUUUGCAUUCCUCCCACAUAAAGUCAGUGAAAUAUGGAACUUUAUCGAGCUGGCGUUUGCUUCCACUCAGGGGUUUGUAGUAGCAGUUCUAUACUGUUUUCUGAAUGGAGAGGUUCAGUAUGAGGUUCGGAGGAGGUGGAGGCGAUGGAGGCUGAAGCAGCAUCUACCUGGGGAGGCCAGGUGCCAACAUGGUUCCAUGAGUCAGAGUGUAGGGGCCCAUACCCAGGUCUCCUUCCUGACCCGGGGACCCUCCACACGCCAUUCUAGUCAGGUGUAGCACAUCCAGUCACUCCUCACUAUACUGUACCUACGAGGCUUUGUCAAUGGAUAGGUGCCAUGUGUGUUCCACAGUCUAUCUGUGACAUUCUGACAUUCCUGUUUGACUCUUGAAGGAUGAGGCCUCCUUUUUAUUUUUUUUCUGUUGAGUGUAUAUGAUAUUUGACCGGCAUGGCAUCUAGUGACAGGACUAGACCUUUGGUUGUGGGGUCAAAACGCUGAAACCUUUCUGUGCAUGGGUUUGCUAUUCUGACCUUUCCUCAUCCUCACCUGCAUACACAUGGCACACACACUGCAUGACUAUCAGCAAUGCACCUACCUAUUGUACAAUUGUCAAUAUGACCAGGUAUUCUAAAGGACCAUGUGGACAUGCUUAAUUUUAUUUAUUGGCUUUCUAACAUGUAUAUUCCAAGUGUUACAUAUGAUAUGUGUAUGUUUAACCAUGAAAACAAGAGCUGUUGUAAAGUUUAAAGGAAUUUGUGUGAAUGUGUUGGUGACAGUUCCUAGGAUCAAUUUAACCAUGCUAUGUUAGUUAUAUUACAUGUGCUUCACACAGGAUCAAUGAUGGUACGACUUGAUGGCAAUGAGAAGAUCAACUCUCACAAUAAAUGUCAUAAAUGUAUUUUAAAAGUCAUUAUCCUUCCUAUCUCUUACUGGGCUGUUUAAUCUGUUACCACUGGCAUACAG